UAAAAUCACUAAUUCUCGAAGUGAAUGUUAAAUAUAAAACUCACUUGAGAUAAGGAGAAUGCUUUAAAUCAUUGACGCGAUAACACGCACUUACGACGAUGGAAUUAACUAGUACAUUGAAAGUUUGAUAAACAUACAUACAGAUACAGUGGCGCUCUAGAUAAACUCAAAAACCAACCUACCGACGAUUUCCGAAGAAUUCGGAUUCAAAAUCGUCGCGUCGCGAGGAAAAAUGAUUAAAAUUUGUACUGAACUUCCGCGUAUUGACAGGUGAAUACGUGUUAUCUUCAGUUACGUUAUAUAUUCGUAUUCGAAAUAAAAACGAUUUUUUUACGUAUUUAACACAAUAAAGUAUUUGUUAAUAUGUAUAUACCGUUAUUGUUUAACAUAGAAUUAAGGUGAGAGUAUUGACAGAUGAGUUUACAAUAAACACCUGUAUCCUUGGAUUUGUUUUUAUACAUGAUAUAGGUUAACAGGUGACAAAUAAAUGUUAUACUCUUGUUGGAUGUGAGUCUUUAUAUGUAAAUUACAACCAUGUUAAGGAGAAGGAAUGUUAAUAUUAAAACAGUCAAAGAAUUAGAUGCAUUUCCUAAGGUUCCUGAGCCAUAUGUUGACAAAACUGUGGUUGGAGGAACAUUCUCCAUAUUUACAAUAUGCACCAUUGCAUAUUUAAUAAUAGCUGAAACAAGUUACUACCUUGAUAGCAGAUUAGAAUUCAAAUUUGAACCAGACACAGAUAUGGAUGCAAAACUAAAAAUAAAUAUCGAUAUGACUGUUGCAAUGCCAUGUAGUCGCAUAGGUGCAGAUGUUCUGGAUUCUACAAAUCAAAAUAUGAUAGGUCAUCAAACACUAGAAGAAGAAGACACUUGGUGGGAAUUAACACAAGAACAGAGAUCUCACUUUGAAGCUUUAAAACACAUGAAUUCGUAUUUAAGAGAAGAAUAUCAUGCCAUUCAUGAGCUGCUAUGGAAAUCUAAUCAAAUCCCUUUGUAUAGUGAAAUGCCAAAGAGAACUCAUCAGCCUAAUUAUGUGCCAAAUGCAUGUCGCAUUUAUGGUAGUUUAAAUGUUAACAAAGUUGCUGGAAAUUUUCACAUAACAGCUGGAAAAUCAUUAUCCAUUCCCAGAGGACACAUACAUAUUUCAGCUUUCAUGACUGGUAGAGAUUACAACUUCACUCAUAGAAUAAACAAGUUUUCAUUUGGAGGACCCAGUCCAGGUAUCGUUCAUCCUUUAGAAGGAGAUGAAAAAAUUGCAGAUAAUAAUAUGAUUUUAUAUCAGUACUUUGUAGAAGUUGUGCCUACUGACAUACAAACUCUAUCAAGUACUUCCAAAACAUACCAGUAUAGUGUAAAAGAUCACGAAAGACCUAUUGAUCAUCAAAAAGGAUCUCAUGGAAUUCCAGGAAUUUUUUUCAAAUACGACAUGAGUGCGCUUAAAAUAAAAGUUACUCAAGAACGUGAUACAGUAUGUCAAUUUUUAGUAAAAUUGUGUGCCACUGUUGGAGGCAUUUUUGUUACAAGUGAGCUUUUGGUACAUUGCAUACUGCAAGUUUCUAACACCUAAAGAUGGCAAAAGCGAAAAAAAAUAUAUGAUUUCAGUUCCACAGAAUUAUCGAGUACCUGGAACAAUAAAUCUACUGGAUGUUUCAGCACCAGAAACUGUAGAUAUUAUGUUCAAACCUCUAUGAAAAUAACAUUAUAAUCUAAUUUUCUAAUGAUUUUCAAGUGUAUUAUAAAAUACUAUUAAAUUCAUCAAUUUUGUAAGAAGAAACGGCCUUGUGUAUCAUUUGUAAACAUCUUGUACAUACUAAUCAAAUAAUAAUAAUUUUAUAUUCAUCUGUUAA